AUGUCGGUUGAUAAGAAAACGAGACGACUUCUACACUUUUCAAGUAGGAUUUUUGUCCCCUCUCAACGUUUUUUUGUUUGCCGAGACCAUGGGCAAUAGCCAUGAGUCAUCGGAAAAGUCAACAAACUCGACUGUUUGAUUUAUCGCCCUCCAUCACUUUUCUCGUUUCAGAUCCUUCUCAAGCCUGGCAAGAAACGAUGAAAACUUUGAGCUCUUCGACGUUUAGCUUUAGCAUCUGGUUCAGUUUGCUGAAGGGCCUAUCGGGAAGUCUGACGGAAUUUGGUAGGGAUUUUCGGAAAAACGCGCUCAAUCAUUCAUUGCUUUUCAGACCCGAACGAUUGUUACGAACCGGGAACGAUAUUUGAGGAAAACGAAAAGAAUCUGGGAUUCUGUCCGUGUAAAUACGGAUAUUUUGGGCCGUUGUGCUUCGACAUUUACGAUUGUGUUAUUGGCAAUUUGCGAACAGACAAGUGAGUCUCAAAAAGAAAAGUUGCAUACAAAAAGUUGUUGAGCGGAAAGGUGUUUCGACACAAACGUCAUUGGAACUGAUAAGAGAGGCAGCAAACAGAGCGCCUCAACACAAAUUGACGAGUUUUGGGCUUAAAAUGUCGUCAACAUCACGGCGACCAAAAGUGUAAAAAGGGGCGUGGCCUAAUCUGAGACGCGUUUUCUGAAAAUUGCCGCAAUUCCAGCACACUUUUCCGACAUUUUUGUGUUUGAUAUCGACGAAAGAAGAGACAUUAAAGAGAGAAAACAUUGAAAUUUUCGUGAAAAUGCCGCGUUUGAGACGUUUUUGGCAUCAUUCGCAAUAGGCUCUCAGCGGCCAAUCGCUGCCGCAAUUUCGGAAUUUUCAUACCGGCCCAUCUGGAUAAUUUUGAGACGAAGUGAGUGUCGGAAGUGAUUAAGCACGUUAAUACAAGUAUUUUAAGCGUUCAAACGGCAAAAAGUAUCGGCGAAUGACUGAAAUUCGCGCAUUUUCAGCACAAAACUUGAAAAUCGAUUCAAUUGAUUCAUUCUCUGAAUGAAACCUGCUCGUUUUAAGCUCAAAAAGUGCGCGAUGAUUAGUUUAACAAAGUUAUUGUGCAAUUACAUCGUCGAAAUCGUACAAAAUUUAAGUAAUUUUUGACGAAAAACAUGAAAAAUGGGGUUAAAUUUCAAAUUUCGCGCCAAAAUGGUGAUAAACCGUGCAGGCGCUAGGCCACGCCUCUUUUUACGUUUUUGGUCGCCGUGAACAUGUGUUUUGAGAGAACUUCUUCAUGGCGUUUGUUUAGAAAGAAACUUCGAAGCAUAAUUUAAGAGAGACACUUUCACAAACGCUCGCAGUAGAUUCAGUCAUCGGAUUUCAGUUGUUCCCGUGACUAUCAGAACGAUUAUGACCUCCAGUGGAGAUGUGCGGCUUCCAAGAAGAACAUUGUCAAGGUAAGUCGUUUUUUUCAGUCAAAGAAGCUACUAAUAAGUGAUAUCGUUCACUUUUCAUCGAGAACGACUGACACACACGUUCCCGCGAACUACUAGUUUUGUAGGCGUUUGUAGUUUAAAUGAACGUCAGAUUUGCACGUGCCCGGCAGGAUUCAGAGGCGAAACUUGUGAGUAUAUUCUGGAAAACACUAUCGAAACGUACUGGAAGACUGUCGAGCAGUCGCAGAAGUUCUUCGAGAUUGUCUACAACAAUUCGCAUUCGGUCGUCCGGCUAGUGGGCACCAAAGUUUGCAGAACGGUACUUAUCGCUUAUGCUCAGGUUUCAUACCACUUUUGGCAGAUGAAUCAAUAUCGUCGGAUGAUUAUGAUGAUUAUAUUCAUCGCAAUCUUUAUCGUUGUGUGGAAGCAGCACAAACGGAAUAUUAAGAGAGAAAUGAAGUACAGAGAACUGAGGGAUGCUCCGCCGAAAUAUGAGUGCUCUCCGAACAACCGGAAAUUGGACAUAAUUGUGAACGGUUUUCCACUUUUGCUCUGCAACUUUUUGUUCAGGAAAGCGGAGAAAUUGUGAAAGUGAAGAUUCGAGAGCCGAAGGAUUCCGACGCUUUCCACACUGUUUCGGAAGUUAAGCAAGAAUCAGAAGAGGCGCAGAGACUUCACAAGCCUUGCCUUCACAUUUAA